CCGACCUUGCCUGUGGAGAGGCGGCGGUAGCGAAGGCAGCUGUCAAGAUGGCGGCCGGAGCGAAGAGGCGGCGGGCUUUGCAAGCUUCUCCCCGGCCGCUCUCCGCUUUCCCCGCAGCCCUCGCGGUGCUGCUUCUGCUUGGCUGCGGUCCAGCUUCUGCUGCUUCUGCUCCUGUGUGUCACCACCGCAUCCCCAGCGCCAGGGAGGUUAUCUAUAAAGUUUAUCUUAAGGAAAAUCGUGUUAUAAAGAGAAAUGCGGAUGAACAACUAAGAAUCAAGACAGUAUAUGACAAAAGUAUUGAGGAAUUGCCACCUGAAAAAAAGCACCUUAUAAAGAAUAAGCUUUUUCCGCAAGCUAUUUCCUAUUUAGAGAAGACAUUUCAAGUACGGAAACCUACUGGUACCAUCCUAUUAAGCAGACAGUGUGUAACAAAUGAAUAUUUAAGGAAGAAAGGUGACCCUCACCGAUAUUGCCGAAAAGCCUGUGCAGAAUAUACGAAGUGUGGUCCAGUCACAGUUCCUGAGGAACACCUGCAGCAAUGUAGGGUGUGUAAUGAAAUGCUGGAUUGUGGACUUGUUGGUGUAAGAGACCAAGAAGGGGUUCGAGAUGCUGACUUCGUGUUAUAUGUUAGUGCUCUGACUACUGAAAGGUGUGGCCAAGAAAAUAUUAUUGCAUAUGCAGCAUACUGUCAACUGGAAGCUGAUAUGGACAGGCCAGUUGCAGGGUAUGCUAAUCUUUGUCCGAAUAUGAUUUCAACCCAAGCACAAGAAUUUGUUGGCAUGUUGUCUACAGUGAAACAUGAAAUCAUUCAUGCACUGGGUUUUUCUGCUGGGCUGUUUGCAUUUUAUCGUGAUGAUGAUGGAAAUCCUUUGACUCCCCGAAAUGCGAAUGGAUUGCCACACUUUAAUGAAAGCCUUGGUGUAUAUCAAUGGAGCAAUAAAGUAGUAAAUAGCGCGGUGCGGUUAUGGGAUGUACGGGGCAAUAAGAAACUGCUUCACAAUGUGUUCCUUCUGAUAACUCCUAAAGUAGUUGAGGAGACCCGAAAACACUUUGGAUGUCAAUUUCUAGAGGGGAUGGAACUUGAAAACCAAGGUGGCCUGGGUACGGAGCUCAAUCAUUGGGAAAAGAGAUUGUUGGAGAAUGAAGCUAUGACUGGAUCGCACACUCAGAACAGGGUCUUCUCCCGCAUCACUUUGGCAUUAAUGGAAGACACUGGCUGGUAUAAAGCCAAUUACAACAUGGCAGAAAAGCUCGAUUGGGGCCGAGAUAAAGGCUGUGACUUUGUGAUGAAAAGCUGUAAGUUUUGGAUUGAUCACAAGAGGAGAAGGAAAGAAUUGGUGGAUCCAUAUUGUGACACUCUGCGGACUAAUCCAUUGCAGCUAACCUGUAGACAGGACCAAAGAGCAGUGGCAGUGUGCAAUUUACAGAAAUUCCCUCAACAGCUGCCUCAUGAAUAUCAGUAUUUUGACCGUCUCUAUGGAGUACCAUCAGAAGAUUUGCCUUACUAUGGUGGGUCUGUUGAAAUUGCUGACUUCUGUCCGUUCAGUCAGGAAUUUAGCUGGCACUUAAGUGGUGAAUUUCAACGAAGUUCAGACUGUAGAAUACUCGAAAAUCAACCAGAUCCUUUCAAAAACUAUGGUGCAGAAAAAUAUGGACCAAAUUCUGUGUGUCUCAUUCAGAAGUCAGCUUUUGUUAUGGAACAAUGCAGAAAGAAACUCAGUUACCCUGACUGGGGCAGUGGCUGUUACCAGGUUUCUUGUUCUCCCCAUGGGCUGACUGUUUGGGUCAAGGAUGAGUCAUAUUUGUGCAGCCACUCAGGUCAAAUCCUAACAGUGAAUAUUCAGAUGAAUGGAUGGGUACACAUUGGGAACCUAAUUUGCCCAGCGUGUUCAGACUUCUGCGAUUUCUGCCCACCUGAGCAGGAUCCUCCUCCAGUUGCUAAUUUAACAAGAGUUACAUCUAUUGAUUUGUGCUCCUGUUCCCCUAGCCUGGUAGUAACCCUAUGGCUAUUGAUGGCGAACUUGCUUCCGCUACUGGCUGGAUUUCUUCUUUGUGCAUGGAGUUAAACUGGGCUCCCAGGUUACCCCAUAGACUACGUCUAGAGUACACUCCAUUUGAGUUCUUCUCAAAGGCAGCUAUCCGGAAGAGCAAACACAUCUCCACCUGCCUUGUGGCAAGAAGGCAAGAAGGCUGGAAGGUGCUGGAGAAACAGCCUCUAGCCCGAGAGAGGCGAAGUUUACAGCAUCAUCUCAAUAAGUGCCAGUAUUAAAGUUUUGUUUUUACAUUGGUAA